AUGCUCGUCUCUCUGACAGUCGGAAAGGUCGACGCCGGAGUAGCCGUGCUACUGACCGAAGACAAGCGUCUUAUCGAGUUCCCCUCCAUAUUGCUACCCCCGGAUAUCUCGUCUGGCUCUAUGGUGGACAUCGACGUGGGAAGGAACUACAAAGCCGAAGCCGACGCACAGAAAGCCUUCCACGAGCUCCAGUCUGAGAUCUUCCGUACCUUUGGCCAGCGCACCCCCUCAGCCCCCGUCCUCAAGUGUCGCAAUGCCACCCAGACCUCCGUCGUCCUCGAGUGGGAUCCCAUCGACAUUGCGACAGCCGAACUGCGCAGCCUCACUCUAUACCGUAAUGGCAACAAGGCUGGCACAAUACCCAAGCCGAGCGACGUACACAGCACCAAGCUCAGUGGCCUGGCAGUCGACACCGAGUACCAGUUUCACCUGGUUCUGAAGACUAGUGCGGGCACCUUCAGCAGUGAGAAGCUGUUGGUCCAGACACACAAGAUGACAGACUUGUCUGGUAUCACCAUCACCCCUGGCCACAUGCCCGCCGCUCUCCGCGAGUCGCUGCAGCGUUCCGUUGAACGAAUCGGCGCUAAAAUUGCGGAUAACGUGCGCAUCGACACCACGCACUUUGUAUGCACUGAAGGCAGGGGACCGGCAUGGGAAAAGGCAGUCGAGAAUAACAUCCCUGUAGUCGUGCCAGACUGGGUCAUAGGCUGCGAGCGGGAAGGCAGAAUUGUUGGUGUGAGGGGCUACUACCUGAACGCAGACCCCAGGUUACGAAGUGUCGGUCCGGGAGGCUCUCAGCAAGCACCUCAACAAUCGUCACAGCAGCCCCAGCAACAACAGCAGCAGCAGCAACCUAGAAGCCCUGUUAUGAGCCCGCGCACAGAGGUGACACCACCUACACCCGAGCAACCAAGGCGCGAUCGCGAUACAGACGGAGCAGCACCGCCCCCUCCACCACCAAAAGACAACGUCAGUGAAAAGAGCGAGCGGAACUCGAUCGAGCCCAAGACGCAAACCGAAGAACAAAAAGCCCGAACCGAAGAUCUCAAACCACAAUCGGACCAGGAGAAACAGCAAGAGGACAGCGAAGAGGACGAUUCCGAGCCUGAACCGAACGAUGAGAAGUCUAUAGAAGCAAGUUUACCGCAAAGGCCAAAGCCUGGGCAGCCAUCGGCUGAAGACGACGGUGACGGAGCAAGCUUUCAGGACGUAGAGAUUUGA